UACAAAACAUCCCCAACACAAGAGCGUCGAUCACUGAAUGGAAAGUGGUUGAUUAGAUACGAGUGGACGCGUGCAUCGGCAACAUACUCUCGAGUGAACGCACGAGAAGGUUUUUAAAUAAUAAAGUUGACGUUGGCGAUCUGAAAAAAGAAUCUCCAUGGCAGAAAAUAAUUUUCCUCCUCUUCCACGGUUCAUUCCACUGAAACCAUGUUUUUACCAAGACUUCAACGAGAUCCCAGACCAGCAUCGUACAAUGUGCAAACGACUGUAUUACCUAUGGAUAUUGAAUAGUGCCACCCUAGCAUUGAACCUGAUUGGCUGUCUAGCAUGGAUGUGCGGAGGGGGCGGUGGAACCAAUUUUGGGAUGGCCAUUCUGUGGCUGAUACUGUUCACCCCAUGCUCAUACGUGUGCUGGUUUAGGCCCAUCUACAAGGCCUUCAGGACAGACAGUUCUUUCAACUUCAUGGCAUUCUUUUUCGUCUUCAUGGCGCAAGUGGUGAUUAGUAUCAUCCAGAGUGUUGGAAUCCCAGGAUGGGGAGUAUGUGGCUGGCUGGCCACCAUCUCUUUUUUCAGCACUAAUGUUGGCUCUGCUGUUGUUAUGCUGAUUCCAACCAUAAUGUUCACUGCCGUGGCUGUUCUCUCGUUCAUUGCCCUCACCAAGGUUCACAACUUCUACCGUGGCAGUGGGGGCAGCAUGAGCAAGGCUCAGGAAGAAUGGACCACCGGCGCUUGGAAGAACCCUCACGUCCAGCAGGCAACACAGCAGGCAGCUAUGGGGGCUGCACAGGGGGCCAUGCAGGGUCAACAGUACUCGGCUGCACCAACCUACAACUACGACGAGCCAAUGUAGAUCCCUUUCAGCAACAGUGGGGGGAGGGGACAAAAACAGGGUAUUUGGGAGGGCUUUCCAGAGGGAUAAAGUCAGUGGUUGAAACGGGGGAAGGGAGAAAAGAAAGAUAAAUCAAACCAAUUUGAAUUGUGAAUUUCCACCGGUACAACAAUACAUAAGCUUUUGCUUAAACUGUUUUAAAAGUGUGUGAUAGGUUAAAGAGUUGCUUUCGGUUUUUAAAACCCCUCAAAAGGAAAGUAUGAGUCUCACCAUGUGGUAUUAAGGCAUAUUUAAUUAACGAUUAUGUAGUGUUUCUCCAUUUACCGUAUUUCAAACAUGGCUGAACUGGAGCACCAGUAAGGAAACAUUCCAAAGCUCACUACGUUUCUAUAGUAACUACAUUCUCAGAUUCCUCUGUGUUGUAGUUGCAAGCCAGUUCUAUAUUUUGUUUGGCUGUUAGUAUUCAAGAACACAUUUCCACUAUUUAACAAACGCAUCUUAUGACUAAACGUAUGUUUUAUGCACAAAGAGAAGAAAUUAUAAGCUUUUGGAAGUACAUUGACUGGUAUUUACUUGAUCUUGCAGUUGAAAAAGUAUAAACCCAGCUAACAGGGAACAUUCUGAGAACUUUGACAAUGUUCUCUCAAAGUUAUGACCAAACGUUCUCGGAACGUCCAAUGUUUGUUCAAAGUUAUCUGGUAUUUAAUAAUGUUCUCAAAUGUUAGCUAUGCUAUUCAUGCACCAUUCAUGGAACGUUUUUCGUCUAAAGUGUUUUAGCUGGAUGUUCAUCUAACACUUUUUAAAUAUUACUACUUGUUUCAGAAUGUUCAGGGAACACAUUCACAUAAUGUUUGCAAAUGUUCCGUUAAAAUUUUAAACAUUUUAAAAACUGUUAGAUUUUGAACGUUCUGAGAACUUUCUGAAAUAAUGUUUCCAUACUUUAAUAGGAACGUUAGCAAAACGUUCUUAGAACAUUUUUGUUAGCUAGGAAGUUUAUAAACAUUACAUUGUUUGUGUUGAGCGCUUUACAUCAAGUGCAAGUACAAAGGCAGUUUUUCUUUUCCGUGAAGACACAGGAAAAGCCAUAUGUUUACGUUGUUUUAGUUCUGUAUUUUUGUUCGGGUUAAAGGCUGUUGACGUUUUAGUGAGCGGGGUUGUGUUUGUUAACAUUGUGUUGAAUGUUUUCAAUCCAUUAUGAUCUGAAUCUAUGAUGAAGGCUGAUAUUUUAACGUUCUCGUUGACACAGAAAUUGUAACUGUUAUUAUUUUGCAUAUAUUCUCAGACUGAAUUUUAGUAAUUUUUGUUAAAUUUUGCUUCUGGGUGGCUUAUUCCCCACUGGUUUAAACCCUACAAGUAAAGCACAUUUUAAAGUAA